AUGUGUGCCACCGUAGCCGAGGUGAAAGAUCGCGCCGCCAACGGCGCGGACAAGAACGACGGCAUGGUCACCACGUCGUUCGAGGCGGCGCAGCUCUUCAUCGACGAUGGCCGACAGCGGGAGUUCUCGCCAGCCGCCGCAGCCAGGGCCAUGCCUGGAUUGCGGGAACAGCGGAAAACGCGCCAGUGCUGUGACGUCGUUUUCCGCGCCAACUACACCGUGGAAGUUUGGGCGCAUCGCUUUGUGAUGUCCGCCAAAUAUUCCGGUUGCUACACCCUAUUCACUAUUGCGAAAGAGAGCAUGGCUCCAGAGAAAAGGAAAGAGGUGGGUUGCCCACCCGUCCGAGCAGUGAUCAAGGACCUUGAAAGCGGCAUGAUCGAGCUGCUGGUCGAGAAUGCCUACCAGAUACCGCUGCACGAACGCAUCGGCAUGCACAAUAUCGUCAAGGUUCUCAAGCUCACCGAGAAACUGAAGUUGACGCAGAUUCGAGAUAACUGCCUGGGUAAAGUAAAGAAAGACCUCGAACCAGGGAACUGUAUCGAAACAUACCACCUGGCCACCAGCCACGGAUACGAAUUCCUCACCGGAGAAGCCUUUGGCUACCUGGUUCGCAGCUUCGACGAGGUGUGGAAGAACAACGCGCAGUUCGAAGCUCUGACCGCUGAGGAGAUGAAGACCGUUCUAGAAGACGACCAGCUGAACGCGCCGAGCGAGGCGGAAGAGACCUUCGAGGCCAUCCUCAAGUGGAUCUCGGCCGACGCAGCCGCGAGGAAGGAGUACCUCGCCAAGUUCCGGCCUCUGGUUCGCUUCGUACGGUGCAGCGUUAUGGAAUUCGAGAAGGUCGUGUCCCACCCAGAAGUCGAGGGUGACGAGAGGAGCCUGAAGGUGCUCCACGUCAUCCAUCACACGCUGACCCGGCCCUCACUUUAUCUAGGAAAGGUCGCCGGCAUCGACCUGUCCUUGAAGCAGUGGCUCACGCCCCGCGUGCCCAAGGACAUCCUGUUCGGAUUUAUCUACGACAUGGACGGUUUUGAUGGGCAUGCUCGUACCAGGACCGUAGAGCGCUAUGACACCAAGGCGAACCAGUGGUCCCUAGUGGCGGACAUGACCAAAGUCCGAAGCGAUGCCAGCGCCGCAGCAGCUCACGGCCGCAUCUACGUCGCUGGCGGCUUUACGGGUGCGACGGUUCUGGACAGCGUCGAAUCUUACGACCCAUCAAACAACGUCUGA